GCUGUUACUGAUCCAUUCAACCAGAUUCCAUAUUUACAUGCCCUAGAGCCUAAAGCUACAACCCCUUUGGUCCCCCUAAACCUCCCAUUAACAGGGACCUCUACCACUCUCACCACACUCUACACCUCCGAUCUUUCUCUUUCUUUCUUUCUUUCUCUGUAUCAGAUGAUGGGCGAUAAAGAAAUUCCCAAGAAAGCAUCACCUGGCAACGCCUCUAACAAGAAGAAGAAGAAGAAGAAGAGAGGGGGCAGCAAGAGGAAGAUGACCUCUGAGCAGUCCUUAGCUUACAAUUCUGUGAGUGAAUGGGUUUUCUUGGACCAGAGGUCUGGGAAGGUUAUUGAUGAUGAUUUUCUGGUGCCAUGGAAUCAGCCCAAGGAGAAGUUGGUGUUUGAAUUGCACUGCCAUUCUGUUCACAGUGAUGGGUUCUUGUCCGCUUCCAAGGUUGUGGAGAGAGCACAUCAAAAUGGGGUGAAAGUUCUAUCUUUGACCGAUCAUGAUACCAUGUCUGGAAUACCUGAAGCCCUGGAAGCUGCCCGCAGAUUUGGCAUCAAAAUCAUCCCAGGCGUUGAAAUUAGUACAAUUUUCUCCCAGAGAGGGGAGUCUGGAUCAGAAGAACCGGUUCACAUCCUCGCAUAUUACAGCAGUUGUGGGCCAACAAAGGUUGACAAACUGGAAAAGUUGUUGCAUAAUAUAAGGGAAGGCCGUUUUCUACGUGCAAAAAGCAUGGUUUCAAAACUCAACAAACUCAAAUUGCCACUUAAGUGGGAACAGGUAAUGAGAAUUACGGGCAAAGAUGUAGCUCCCGGGAGGUUGCAUGUUGCUCGUGCCAUGGUUGAAGCAGGAUAUGUUGAGAAUCUAAGACAGGCUUUCGCUCGAUACCUUUAUGAUGGUGGACCUGCAUAUGCUACCGGAAGUGAGCCAGUUGCAGAGGAAGCUGUGAAAUUAAUAUGUGAAACAGGGGGAGUUGCGGUAUUGGCACAUCCAUGGGCGUUAAAAAAUCCAGUCACCAUCAUAAGAAGACUGAAGGAAGCAGGCCUUCAUGGGAUAGAGGCAUACAGAAGCGAUGGAAAAGUGGCACUGUACAGUGACUUGGCAGACACACACGAUCUACUGAAGUUCGGGGGGUCAGAUUUCCAUGGAAGAGCUGGCCAGCACGAGUCUGAGCUAGGGAGCGUGAGCCUCCCGAUGUUGGCUGUGCAUGAAUUCCUGAAGGUGGCCCGGCCAAUCUGGUGCAGAGCCAUUGCAGAUAUCUUGGGAAAUUACGUUGAGCAUCCUACCGAGUCGAACUUACAGCUUAUAAUGAACUUCGGAAAGCCCAGGCUUCCCAAGAGCGUUACGCCAAUAACUUCUGCCUGUGAUUUUAUCAGCCAUUGCUUGUCUUCCUGGCUGACAAAUGAGGAACGACAGAACGCAGAGUUUGAGGCCAUCAAGUCGAAGCUUUCUAGCUUGUCUAUCGAUCUACCAAGCUUAACGGUUAGCGCUGCAAACACAUAACACAUAGUGAAAUUGUUUUAGUUUUAUGAGCUCAUGAGAACAUUCAAUUUUCAUUGUUCUUAAACUUAUCAUCAUAGGCUUCUCUAGCUUUCUUGUCCCUUUAUUUUAUUUCAUCCCGAGCCACCGAUAGACCUUAUAGGGAGAGGUUUUUCGACACUUGUUACUUCAUUUACAAGACUCGAACUCGAAACCUUGUUUAAGGUGGAAUUAAGCAUUUACUUUGGUGUAUUUGAUUCAUGGUGAUCAUACAUUUGUUCACACAGGUUUAUGAAACCAGUUUGUGCUUCUUUUUCA